UGGGGGUAUAAAACCGAAAAUAUUCGAAACCCAAAGUCUCGCUAAUUCAACUAUAUGUCAAUGUGACAUAACAAUUUAUUAUUAUUUUUAUAAUUUAUUUAGUUAAAUUAAAUUUAAGUUUCUCAUUUAUUAAAAAAAUCAAAUUUUGCCGCCGAAAAUUUAAAAUCACCAACCGAAAAAAAGUAAAUAAAUAAAAACAAAAAAAAAGGUUAAGUACGACGAGUACGACGAAAGUAAAAAAAAAACGUAUUAAUCGAGUGAAAGAUUUAGAAAUGAAUAUUUCUACAAAAGUUAUAAUUAUUGGUGCUGGAGCGUCCGGUAUAUCAGCUGGCUGUCAUUUAAUUAAAAACAAUUUCAAUGACUUAAUUAUUUUAGAAGCUAAGAAUCGUAUCGGUGGACGUAUUUUUACAACUGAAUUUGGUGACAAUGUAGUAGAUUUAGGUGCACAAUGGGUUCAUGGAGAAAAAGGAAAUGUCGUUUAUAAAUUGGCACAACCUCAUAGACUGAUAGAAUCAUCAAGUAAAUUGAAUAAUUACGAAAAUCAUAUUUUUGCAACAUCCGAUGGUCAAAUUGUUCCAACUAAAGAAUCCGCUGAAAUUUGGAAAUUAUUUUACUUGAUAAGUGAUCAAGUUGAUACAAAUUUGAAAGGAAAUGAAGAAAAAUUUAAAUCCUACGGUGAUUACUUUAUUAGUGAGUACUACAAAGCGUAUGAAAAAAAUAAAUUUACAAGUGAAGAAAGAGCUAAAGAAAUCUUAGGAUGGAUGGAACGUUUUGAUGAUAGUAUACAAGGAAGUGAUACCUGGUUUGAUGUAUCAACACGCGGUAUCCUUGAGUACUGGUCGUGUGAAGGCGAUUCACUAUUGAACUGGAAAAAUAACGGAUAUCGAAUGAUAUUAAAAUUAUUAAUGGAUGAUAUUAAAAAAAAAUCAUCUGUAAACAUUGAAGAUAAAAUAAAAUUAUCCCAACAAGUUGAGAAUAUAAAUUACACUGACCCUAAUAAAAUAAUAGUGACGACAACUGACGGUAAUAAUUAUACGGCAUCAAAUGUCAUUGUAACAACGUCACUUGGUGUUUUAAAAAAUAAACACAGUAGUUUAUUUAAUCCUUUGUUACCUACCAUUAAACAACAGACAAUUGAAGGAUUAAACUUUGGAUCUGUUAAUAAAAUAUUUAUCGAAUUUCCGUAUCGUUGGUGGCCCGAAAAUUCAGCUGGCUUUGGAUUUAUUUGGCAAGAUCAAGAUAAAAAAAAUUUUUUGUCAAUGAAUGAGGGAAGUGAAUGGCUAACUGAUGUAUUUGAAUUUUUGACUGUCGAUUAUCAACCACGAGUACUUUGCGGCUGGAUAAUUGGGUCAAGUUCUCGUUAUAUUGAAAAAUUGAGUGAUAAAGAUAUCGAAGAAAAUUUAUAUAAAUUAUUAAAUAAAUUUUUGGGAAAUACUUAUGAUAUUCCACGACCAAAAAAUAUUUUAAGAUCUCAGUGGACAACUGAUGAACAUGUUAUGGGUUGUUACUCAUUCCGUAGUUUAAAAUCAGAGCAACUAAAUGCCACUGCGAGUAAAUUAGCUGAGCCAAUUGGUGGAAAAAAUGGGAACCCGAUUAUUAUGUUUGCUGGAGAAGCGACACAUGAGCAUUAUUUUUCAACAGUACACGGCGCAAUUGAAUCAGGGGAACGUGAAGCUAAACGUUUAAUUGAUUACUACAGGCAAAUCAAUUCACGAUUGUAAAAAUAAAUCAAGAUCUUCCACGGAUUGAUGUACAAAUAAAUUCAUUAUUGUAAGAAAACAAAAAUUUUCAUUGUUAUAAAUUAAUACAGAUUUUUUAAACUAAAAUUAAUUUUAUAUAUUUUAUAAAUAACAAAUGAAUAAAAAAGUAGUAAAAUUGAAUAGGUACUUUUUUAUAU